CUAAAUUUAUAGUCAGUGACCUUCAAGUUAGUAGAAACGCUUAUCUAUAUACUUCAACAUUAUAAACAAGUGUUUUUUUUUAAUUAUAUUCAACAUUUACUUGGCUUUUUAACGUUAAAAUAUGAAGGCAAUGACUAUUUAUUACUGAGGAAAAAUUUUCUGCUAGUGAUUAGAUGAAAAACAGUACGAGAUUAAACCAGAGCUAAAACAUUAUUGUACCUUCACGCAGUUAUGUCAUCUGUUGGAAAUAAAAUGUUGGCACAUAAUAAAAACGAAGGCCAUCAUAAUACAAGAGAAACUGUUAAUAACCCUAAUGGUGUAGAAAAUGAAAGACUGUUAACCAUUUCAAGUUUGCCUAGUGAAAGGGUCUCUACAAGUCAUGAAUCCCACAAUGAUUCUCUCACUCUUCAUACAUUGGACCCUUCAGUUAUGUAUGCAGAUAAUUUAUUUUCAUUUUGCAGUGGCAGUGAUUCAGACUUUAGUGGUUUUCAAGUUUCAGGUAAAGAUGCAAAAGGAAAAAAUUUUAGUAAGGAAUCUUUUUGUGACGAUUUUAGAAAGGAUAACCCUAGUACCAGCAUGGCUGAUAGUUUACCCCAUAAUAGCCAAGACAAAGGAGAUGAACAAACGAGGUUUCGAGAACUUCGCAAGUUUGCAAACACUUUGGAAUGGCACCAAGGUACCAAACAAGAUACCAGUAAACGCUUAAAGAGUGCAAACUAUAGCGAAGCUGAGAGAGAGAAUAAUAGUGAUGACGACAGCGACUCGUCUUGUGAAGUAAUGUUAAACGGUACCAAAAAAGAUACCAGUAGGCGCUUAAGGAGUGCCAACUAUGAAAGAGAGAAUGAUAGUGAUGACAACAGCAACUCUUCUUGUGACGAAAUGUUAAACGCUCCAAGAAUUUUAAGACCGAAGAAGUUGAUCUCACCAGAUGUUUCCCUCAUAAGCAACACUGAUUACGGGCGACUUGUGUGGGCGAAAAUGUCAGGAUUUAGGUUUUGGCCAUCGGUUAUUAUCAACUGUCAUGACUGUGGCAUGGAAGCACCUAGUCAACAGAGUGCCUGGGUAUUCUGGUUUUCUGAUAAUAGAGUAUCACAGAUACCAUUAUCGAAAAUCAUGGACUUCGCAAAGAACUUUGCAAGUCUACAUAUGAAGAUAUACAUGAGCCCAAGUAAUUCAGCAACCCUAGAAUGCCUUAAAGAAUAUCGUCAUCAAUCUAAAUUAGUACCUCUAGAGUCUCAAGAGUCUCUGAUGGCUUGGGCUAAUAGUGCCUUUCCUGGUGCUGUGAAUUUUGAACACAACACAGAUUUAGAUUUAUCUUCUAAGGUCAAGCGAUGUUUAAGCCGCAUUAAGAAGAUGAAACUUAGAGAGCUAACCCUAAAGGACUUGAGCUCAUCGACCAGUUCAGAUGAGUCGAGUUUGGAGGAAAGACAAAACCGAAAAAAGAAAGUGUCCCUUAUGCAGGCAGUCCGUGAAGGAACUCACGACAUUGAGACACUGUGUAUAGCGUGUAACCGAAUGGACUGUGAAGUAGUGUCCCCACACCCAUAUUUUUUAGGUGGCAUCUGUCAGUCAUGCAAGGAGGAGCUUGAAGAUAAUGUAAUGACGAUUGGUGAUGACGGAGACCCUAAGUAUUGUGCUGUAUGUGGAGGUCCUGGAGAAGUUCUUCUCUGUGAUGAGCCACAGUGUGAAAGAGUGUUCUGUACAGGGUGCAUAGAGUUGCUGGUAUCUCCUGAUGCUGUACAAACUAUAAUGGACAUUGACCCAUGGUACUGUUUCCUGUGUGAGCCCUACCAUCCUGACACCCAUGGUCUUAUCAGACCAAGACCUGAUUGGAAGAAUAAGCUCCCAUCAAAAUCUCGUGGUCAAAAGACAAGUAAUGUUGAGGAUGACACACCUGAUGCUUCGACCUUUCCCAGGAGACCUCUCAGAGUGUUGUCACUUUUUGAUGGUAUUGGUACAGGUUUGCUAGUACUGGACAGACUAGGCCUGGAAGUCGAGAAGUAUUAUGCUUCUGAAGUCGAGGAAGCUGCAAUGAACGUCUCACAUUUAAACUUUGGACCAAGAAUUACUCGAGUGGGAAAUGUCCAGACAUUGUCUAGUAAAAAGAUUGCUGAGUUAUACCCAAUUGAUCUACUCAUAGGAGGUUCUCCAUGCAAUGACCUUAGCGCUGUCAAUCCCAAAAGGAAGGGACUGUAUGACCCCACUGGCACUGGAAUACUUUUUUUCCAUUAUUACCGUAUCCUUAAAAUACUCCAAGCCGAAGCCAGAGCCAAAGCCAUUCAUCUUUUUUGGCUGUUUGAAAACGUUUCUAGCAUGCCUCGGGAAUUCAUGACAGAAAUAAGUUUAUUCUUUGAGAGAGAGCCAUGUGUAAUAGAUGCAAAACAUUUUUCUCCACAGAGAAGAGCCAGAUAUUUUUGGGGAAAUUUGCCAGGAAUGUAUGAUCCUAUCCCAUCACACCUGCAAGAGAAUUACAGGCUCAGCCAGUAUCUCCAUAAGAUAGGUGAUCGUGAAGCUCUAGUUCAAAAGGUGAACUGCAUCACAACCAAUACGGCAUCCUUACGACUAAAUCUAGGAAAGGUCUGGCCAAUCAGAAUGAACGAAAAGGGAGAUGUGCCAUGGGUCACAGAAAUUGAAAAGAUAUUUGGGUUCCCCCUGCAUUUUACAGAUGUUGGCAACCUCUCCAGUAGAGAAAGACUAGCUCUCCUGGGUAAGUCAUGGAGUGUUCCAGUGAUAGCAUACAUCCUAAAACCUCUCACAAAUUACUUCCCAAGAAAGAAUAAUUGCCUUGCCACUGAUGUAGUGCAAAGAGAAGGGAGACAAGAUAUAUCUUGGGUCAGACCCGCACUUGAAGAGUCGGAAAUUGGAACCACAGCUGAGAGCUCAGAAAUUGAAACCACAGCUGAAAAUUUUGAAAUUGAAACCACAGUUGAUAAUUCUGAAAUUGAAACCACAGCUGAAAAUUCUGAAAUUGAAAUUACAGCUGAAAAUUCUGAAACUGAAACCACAGCUGAAAAUUCUGAAACUGAAACCACAGCUGAAAAUUCUAAAACUGAAGUCACAGCUGAAAAUUCUGAAAUUGAAACCACAGCUGAAAAUUCUGAAAUUGAAACCACAGCUGAAAAUUCUGAAAUUGAAACCAUAGCUGAAAAUUCUGAAAUUGAAACCACAGCUGAAAAUUCUGAAAUUGAAACCACAGCUGAAAAUUCUGAAAUUGAAAUUACAGCUGAAAAUUCUGAAACUGAAACCACAGCUGAAAAUUCUGAAACUGAAACCACAGCUGAAAAUUCUAAAAUUGAAGUCACAGCUGAAAAUUCUGAAAUUGAAACCACAGCUGAAAAUUCUGAAAUUGAAACCACAGCUGAAAAUUCUGAAAUUGAAACCAUAGCUGAAAAUUCUGAAAUUGAAACCACAGCUGAAAAUUCUGAAAUUGAAACUACAGUUGAAAAUUCUGAAAUUGAAACCACAGCUGAAAAUUUUGAAAUUGAAACCACAGUUGAAAAUUCUGAAAUUGAAACCACAGCUGAAAAUUCUGAAAUUGAAAUUACAGCUGAAAAUUCUGAAAUUGAAACCACAGCUGAAAAUUCUGAAACUGAAACCUCAGCUGAAAAUUCUGAAACUGAAACCACAGCUGAAAAUUCUAAAACUGAAAUCACAGCUGAAAAUUCUGAAAUUGAAACCACAGCUGAAAAUUCUGAAAUUGAAACCAUAGCUGAAAAUUCUGAAAUUGAAACCACGGCUGAAAAUUCUGAAAUUGAAACCACAGCUGAAAAUUCUGAAAUUGAAACCACAGUUCAAAAUUCUGAAAUUGAAACCACAGUUGAAAAUUCUGAAAUUGAAACCACAGCUAAAAAUUCUGAAAUUGAAACCACAGCUGAAAAUUCUGAAAUUGAAACCACAAUUGAAAAUUCUGAAACUGAAACCACAGCUGAAAAUUCUGAAACUGAAACCACAGCUGAAAAUUUGGAAACUGAAGCCACAGCUGAAAAUUCUAAAAUUGAAAUCACAGCUGAAAAUUCUGAAAUUGAAACCACAGCUGAAAAUUCUGAAAUUGAAACCACAGCUGAAAAUUCUGAAAUUGAAACCACAGCUGGAGAGGUUUCUGAAAUCAAGUGCUCAACUAAAAAUAUGAGAGUGAAUGCUUAUAGUCACCCAAAAACUACAUACAUUCCUUUAGUAGAACAGUUUGCUGGCAGUCACAUUGGAAAUGACCUUCAAUCUGGCAACAUUAAUAAGUGUGAGAAUGUGUUAAAAGAUCUUAACGUAAGGAAGGCAGUGAAAAUACGAGUAAUAACUUUUGGGGAAAACGUUCCAUUAAUUAAAGACCACAAAAACAUUAAUAACAGUACUCAGAGAUACAAAUAUGUCCAAGAUUCGUUACUUAAAAAUUCCACUUUGAAAGAUAAAUUAAUUGAAUAUGUAAAUAACAAUAAAAGUAUAAGUGAACUAGAGGAGGUAUUGAGAAAAAUGAAAAAACUUACUGUGAAUUUAUCUAGGUGCAUAGUGAAAGAGUCGCAAGGGAAAUCCAUUAAUAAACCCAACAAAACAGAGGCAUUGAGAAAAAUGAAAAAGCUUACUGUGAAUUUAUCUAGGUGCAUAGUAGAAGAGUCACAAGGGAAAUCCAUUAAUAAACCUAACAAAACAGAGGCACUGAGAAAACUGAAAAAGCUUACUGUGAAUUUAUCUAGGUGCAUAGUGGAAGAGUCACAAUGGCAAUCCAUUAAUAAACCCAACAAAACAGAAACUAAACAACUAACAAAGGUAUCAAAGUUGCAUUCUAAAGACUUUGUCUCAAAGUCUCUGCAGCAAAAUUCAAAUAAAAGAAUUAAAUCUUGCCAUAAUUUAACAGAUACAGUAGAUACUUUGAACUACACAUUACGAAGCAAGGAGAAAGAAAAUAAAAGACGACUAAGAUCACAAACUGAGGAAGAAAAAUGUAACACACACGAGAAUCUACCCCCCAAAAAGAGGAAAAAAAAUAACCAAGAUUACAAAAAAAAAAUGAGAAACCAGUAAUCUUAGUGAAUGAAAAGAGAGGACUGUACUGAACAGCAGUUAAUGUCUACUCAUGAAAACCUUGUAAGAAACCUCUUUAUCAGCUUACAUUAAUGGUAAUUUUUGUAAGAUCUACAGAUUUAAUACAAAAGUGAAAUCUAAAAGCUUUGGGUCUAAAAACAUAAGAAAGGGGGAACACUGCAGCAGGCCUACUGGCACAUAUCUGGCAGGUCCCUGUCAAAUCCAAACCCACUAACAAAUAUAUUCGCCCAACCCAUUAUCAAGGUGGAAGAUGGAGAGUCUGAGGUAAUCAGUUUACUUUAAUCCUUAUUUUUAGGGCAUAAAUCAUUCUUGGUGAACAGAUGACAUGCAAUCUAAAUGGCCCUCAUAUAGUUAAUAGGUUGUAAAUCACAUUCACAUUAACCAACCAACCAGAAGCUCCAGAACUGAGAAUUUUUGGUACAGUAGACUGUCGUUUAACAAGGUAGUUACAUUCCUGAAAACACCAUGUUAGACAAAACCGUAUUAGACAAACUGAAGAAUUUAUGGGAAAAAUAGGGCUACGUUCCUGGGAGCCCCCAAAAAGCCAAACAUUUUUUUAGACCACCAGAUCUUACAGAAUAAAAGUGAAUAUGUAACUGUAGUGUAUUGUCGUGAUAUAUUACUGCUUAACCCUUUGAGGGUCGACAGGCCCUCUCCGAAACUCGUUCUCAGGGUCGGCCAAAUUUAAAAAAAAAAAAAAAUUAUUUUCUCUCAUGAAAAGAUAGAGAAUCUUUUCCCGAUCAUAAAGACACCAAAAGUUUGAAAUUUGAUAGAAAACUUACGAAAUUAUGCUCUCGCAAAGUUAGCGGUCUCGGCGAUGUUUAUGCAUCGGCGAUUUUGCCCACUUUGAGCCCCAUUUUCGGCCAAUUUCGCUGUACUAGUCGACAAAAAAACAUGAAUAUUUCGCUAGAACUCCAUUUUUUCUAUCGAAUGGGUGCAAGAAACCACCCAUUUAUGAAAUUCAACUAUCCAGUACAGUGGUCAGAAUUUAGCAAUUUUGCCAAUUUCACACAAAUUUCAAAAGAUGCCAAUUUCCGAAUAGGGUCCAGAAUAAACAAGAAAGACAUUCCUGGCACUAAAAUGACAUUUCCUCUAGUCAUUAGUCACGUCUCAAGGCCCCUCUUAUAUUCUUUUGCUUUCCAUUUUGAAUUUUUAUUCUCACAAAAAAUAUAAGAUUUACUGUUAUGCAGACUACUGCAUUAGUGUAAAAAAUGGCAUAAAUAUUAUUGGUGCACUUGUGAAAGAAUAUUAGACUCACCAGUUGACGUGUAUUGCACGCUUGGCACGAUUUGUUUACUUUUGAAGUUUGGUAAAAAUUGAACAUUUCUGCUACUUUGAGCUCAAUUUCAAGGCACCUUUCAUUGUAAAACCAGCCAAAAUCAUCUCAAUUUCUGUAAUAUGUCUUCCAUUCUAUAAAAUGAGACCAAGAAAACUAGAAUACAACAAUAAAUACCAUACGAAAAUACACUGCAAAGUCGCUGAUUUAUUCCAAAAAAAUGGUCAAAGUUUUUUUUUUCUCAUUAUGCACUGUGUGCUGCAGGAUUUUUUUUAGACUGUGCACACUGACCACGUAGACCCAUUCUUUCAUAUGAAGGCCUACCAGCUUUCUCCCACUAGAUUUGAGGCCGCUAGAAUUUAUACGUACUAGUACGUCAAAAACCCCUACGCGUAAGACGUACUAGUACGACGAAUUCCAUUUUACACUCUUUAAGAACCCUUGAAAAAAGUUCAUCAGGGCCCGGGGAUUAUUUUGCUUUAACCGGUCUAUCUGUUUGAUAACCAGUUCAGUAGUGACUGUGAUAAUGCAUAAUCUAUCAUCAUCAGGCCCACUAUGAAAAUUAAUUACUGGGAUAUUGUUAGUGUCUUCCUGAGUGAAAACCGAGAGAAAAUAAUUAUUAAGAAUAGAGCACAUUUCAUUCAGCAUAGAAUGACUAAAUUAAUACAUAGCAUUAGAAAUUCUCCUUGUCAGUGAGAUGCCCACAGUUAUUUUUAAGGGGACCUAUCUUAUCUCUAGCUUUUGUUCUAUAAACCUAUAGCCUCAAUAACCCAACUAGGUAGACUGUUCCACUCAUCAACUACCCUAUUUUCAAACCAAUACUUUCCUACAUCCUUUCUAAAUCUAAACUUGUCUAAUUUAAAUCCAUUACUGCGGGUUCUCUCUUGGAGAGAUAUCCUCAAGACCUUAUUGUCCCCUUUAUUAAUACCCAUCUUCCACUUAUACACUACUUUUAUGUCUCCCCUCAUUCUUCAUCUAACAAGUGAAUGUAAUUUAAGGGUCUUCAAUCUUUCUUCAUAAGGAAGAUUUCUAAUGCUAUGUAUUAAUUUAGUCAUUCUAUGCUGAAUGAAAUAAAUCCUUAUUGCACAAACUUAGGCACUGCUGUAUUGGCUUUAUAUUUCUGCUUACCAUGACUCCCAAGUCUUUUUCACAUUCUGUAUGAUCAAGCUCUAUUUCACCUAGUUUAUAAUUUUGAGGGUUAUUUUCAUUCCCAAGGACUAGGACUUUACACUUGUCUACAUUGAACUUCAUCUGCCACUUUUCAGACCAAGACAUUAAUUUGUCCAAAUCCUCCUGGAGUUCACUGGUAUCCUCCUCAGAAUGAAUCAUAUGGCCUAUUUUUGUAUCAUCAGCAAAUUGUUCAUAUCACUUGUAAUUCCCUCAUCAAGGUCAUUAAUGUAAAUUAUGAAAAACAAUGGGCCUAAAACUGAUCAUUGUAGAACUCCACUAGUGACCAGUCCCCAUUCAGAUUUGACCCCAUUAAUGGAAACUCUCAGCUUUCUGUUGGUAAGCCAUGCCUCUACCCAUGCUAGAACUUUACCUCCUAUACCAUGAGCUUCUACUUUUUUUUAAGUCUUUUGUGAGGGUAUAUCCUCUGACCCCAUGUUCUAGUUUAACCCUUAAAUGGUCCAAAUGUAUAUACAUAUACGUUUUUUCAACAUCUGAAAGUAUGUAAAAAAUUGUAGAUUUUUUUUUGUUUUACAUGUGAAAACGUGUAAAAAAACAUUUAUCUACAUUUUUUUUUUUGUUAUAUUUGAAAAUAUGUAAAAAAAAGUAUAUCUACUUUUGUAGCACUACGAAUCUGAACGUCGAUCUGUUUGGACCGUUUAAGGGUUAAGGUGCAGGAUAUUGCGGUCCACUGUAUCGAAUGCUUCCCGCAGGCUCUUUGAAGAAUCUCAUAAGAUAUUAAUUUUUUUCAAGGGAUGCAUUAAGUAGUUCAGGCAUUUGAACAAUUGCAUCGUUUGUACUUUUUUCAGCCUAAAACCAACUAGCAGGGGUUGAUUAUUAUUAUUAUAAUCAAGGGGGAAGCGCUAAACCUGGAGGAUUAUACAGCGCCUGGGGGGGGGAUGUGGAAGGCAUUCAGGCUUAAUUCGGGGAACUGGAGCACAGAUCCAAUUCCCUAAAUCAAGAGCCCCUCACCAACAUCAAGGAACCUUCCUUGAGGGGAGCAGGGGUUGAGUAUAUUGUGAGAUACUAGGUAGGAGUAAACUCACUUGUGGAUUAUUUUUUUGAACAUUUUACACAGUAAUGGUAAGUUAAGUUGAAGAUUUUAUGAUUUGUUAAACAGAGUUGUUAUAGCGUGUGACAGUAUGAGCUGCAUUUUUGUAUAUUAGUGGCAGCAAAUUAUUUAGGCUUCAUGUCUUGUUUUUCAGUGGCUUAAUUAUAAGUGAGACUUCUGAAGGAUUAAUUGGAGCUAGAUUUAGUGAAUUUGGAUAAUUUCCAGUAAGGCAGUCAUACAGCUAUGAAGCUCAAGUACUCUGUUAUGGGGCUCUGUGCUUAUCUUGCAAAAAGUUACCAUAUUUUGUUAUGGGGCUUUGUGCUUAUCUUGCAAAUGCAGAUGACAUCAUCUGCACAGGAAGACAAACAUUUAGAUAUUAAUUUAUCCCCUAACCUGGAUUCUGGCCAUGGUGGUCCUUCUACUACAUAAUGCCUUUCAUGUUUUAUUGUACAUACAGCUUUGUUAUUUCCAAUUACUGAUUCAGACUUGGUUUUCAGACAGUACAAAAUUCCUCACUUAGCGACAUACUCGUUUACCAACGACUCGGACUUACAACAGGCUCUCUAACCAGUAUGUUUUAUUUUUAUUAUUAUUAACACACUGGCCGAUUCCCACCAAGGCAGGGUGGCCCGAAAAAGAAAAACUUUCACCAUCAUUCACUCCAUCACUGUCUUGCCAGAAGGGUGCUUUACACUACAGUUUUUAAACUGCAACAUUAACACCCCUCCUUCAGAGUGCAGACAUUAUAACCAGUAUGUAUACCUAAAUAAUGUAUAUUAGAGUUGAUUUCCUCUAUUCUAUUACAAAAUAUUACAGUAAACUACUGUAUAAACAUUUAAGAACAUACUAAAAAUGUCUUAAAUGGUGCAGGGUUGACAUUAAAACAUCAAAGAUUGUUGAUACAAAUCCACUACCAUUAUAGCAUGCUCCUUGCUUAGCGACGAAUUCGUUUACCUAUAUGGUCUUGGGAACGGAAUUGUCGUUAAGUGAGGAGAGUCUGUAUUACAUAUAAGUUGACCCCUUCAGUGACAACGUCUAGAAGCCAGUGAGGCAUUAUUGAACCAUGGAAAUGGACUUGCCCUUCCUUCCUUGAAUCAAACCUGAUUGCCUCCCAUCCCCCAUGAGGUUUAUUACCCCUGUGGGAUUACUGCUUCCUCCAGAUUAUAAUACAGCAGAACCCCAGUAUCUGCGGGUCCAGUAUCCAUAGUUUCAGUUAUCCAUGGUUUAUAGUGGCCUGAAAAUAACCCUUAAUUUUGCUUAAUAAUAACUUCAAAGUGCAAAAGUAGUGAUGGUAGUAGUUCUUCAAAGCCUAAGAGAAGCUGUGAACUGCUUCCUAUCAGUGAAAAAGUGCUAAUUCUUGACUUAAUUGAAGUGUAAUUUAUCAAUUAAUCUUUAUAAAAGGUAUGUAUGUAAAUGAAAAACCACUUACAUACAGUGGAACCUUGGUUUUCAUCUUUAAUUCAUUCCAGAGAGUCUGACGAAAACCAAAUUCAACGAAAACUGAAGCAAUAUUUCCCAUAAGAAAUAAUGUAAAUCCAAUUAAUCUGUUCCAGACACCCAAAAAUAUUAACAAAAAAUAUAUUUUAUAGAGAAUAACUAAUAGUUUUACAUACAGAAAACAAUGAGAAAUAAAUAUAAAUGACUAAUGAAAUGUAUAAAUGAACAUUUAACAUCACUUUUACCUUUAUUGUAGACUCUUGUUGGUGUAUGUAAGAUGGUGAGGACAGGAGAGGGAGGAGGAGAGGUUAUCUCUGCCACUAUCACAACCACUACCACCCUCUACCACCAUCACUACCACCCUCUACCACCUUCUACCACCCUCUACCACCAUCACUACCACCCUCUACCAUUAUCUCUACCACCCUCUACCACCAUCACUACCACCCUCUACCACCAUCACUACAACCUUCUACCAUCAUCACUACCACCCUCUACUACCAUCACUACCACCCUCUACUACCAUCACUACCACCCUCUACUACCAUCACUACCACCCUCUACCACCAUCACUACCACCCUCUACACCAUCACUACAACCUUCUACCACCAUCACUACCACCCUCUACUACUAUCACUACCACCCUCUACCACCAUCACUACCACCCUCUACACCAUCACUACCACCUUCUACCACCAUCACUACCACCCUCUACUACCAUCACUACCAUCCUCUACCAUGGUGGCUUAUUUAGCAGUCGCACUCAAUAAACAAGCACAAAAAAUGGAUUAUUACGAAAUGUUUUGUAUGAAUGUGCAGGGUAAUGUUCGCUCGACGAGAAACAAAACCAGACUGACUCAGAAUGCGUGCAUGGGAUGCUUUUAGUGGGCGUGGGCAGACAGACACGUUCAGUACAGUGGAUGAAAACCAAGGUGAUGAACAAAAACUGGGACAAUAUUUUGACGAAAAGUCGUCAAAAACCGAAUUCGAUGAAUACCAGGGCAAACGAAAACUGAGGUUCCACUGUAUAGGGUUCACUACUAUCUGUGGUUUCGGUAUCUGCGGCAGGUCCUUGGAACACAACCCCCACGGAUACAGGGGCCAACUUUACAGCCAUGUAAUUACAUGGUUGUAAAGUGUUGUAGUUACUUUCGCUAAACUUUUUUCUUUUUAACAUGACAAUCUCAGUAUUUAGUGUAGUCCAAUACUGAUACUGAAACUUGUGUUUAAACAAGACUUUAUAAGGUAAUGUAUUACUUAUACUAAUUGUGCAACAAAAAGAUACCUGUGUUUUUAUUUAAAAUGAAGACUGGAACACCCUGUUUAUUUUUCAAGAUGAAAAUUUUUAUUUAUAAAAUCAAUAUAGGUUUUACACUAUUUUAAUAAAAUAAUAAUUGUAUAAAGUUUAUCUUUUUGUGUCAUUUUUGUUUUAAGGUUAGAAUGGUGGCCAUGUAUAUUAACUAUAUAUUUAUCAUUUAUUCUUCCUCCGUAAGCCAUGUGUGUUGUAAGAGGCGACUAAAAUGCUGGGAGCAAGGAGCUAGUAACCCCUUCUCCUGUAUAUAUUACUAAAUGUAAAAGGAGAAACUUUCAUUUUUCCUUUUGGGCCACCCCGCCUCGGUGGGAUACGGCCGGUGUGUUGAAAGAAAGAAGAAAUUUAUCAUUUAUCUUAAAACUUUUUAAACCUAAAAUGUUUUAAAACUAAAAUACACUACAUGGAACACUUGUUUAGUUCUACAUGCUCAUGUGAUUUUUCUCUUUACAUAAUUAAAUUAUGUACUUUCAUACCAAUAAUAAGUGAUGUAUUGAAAGCUCCACAGACAUAAUGUGUUCAAAAAAAAGUCUGGAACAUAUUACUAAAGUUCCAUGCUUCAACAAAAAGCCUUACCUAUAAUAUAAUGAAGGGUUCUUGAUCUAAAGAAUUGGAGCUACCCCUCCCAUUCCUCAGAUGUAGUCUGACUGUCCCUCCCUUUCCUCAAAUGGAGUCUGAUUGUCCCUUCCCUUCCUCAGAUGUAGUCUGAGUGUCCUUCCCCUUCCUUAAAUGAUCUGAUUGUCCUUCACCACUUCCAAAAGGUGUACCCGGUGACCUUUUUUUUUUUUUUUGUACAUGUAUUUCUAAUGUUCAAGGGUAAUGUACAUUACUUUGUAAUGUACAGUGUUUGAAGUUAUAGUAUCUGAAAUAUAUGUAGAAACAUGGCAAGCCUUAUCCUGAGAAGCAAUGUGCAAUAUAAAUUUAUAUAAAUAAUUUUUUAUCUCUAUUAAUAGACUGUUGUCAUUUAAUACUAUGUAGAAGGAAAUGUUAUGAUAUAAUUUUUUCAAACUGAAACAAUUAUUGGGUUAUAGAAUAAUUCUUCAGUGUGCUUUAUUUUUUGGCUGAAUUCCACAGUUAGGAUCAUGAUAUAAUAAAUUUGAAACAAAUAAGACUUUUUCCUGCCCUUUCAAGGUGUGAUAGUCCUCAGAACAUGGAAGUCACACUAUUUGACUACUGGAUUAUCAUGAGUAAAUUACAUACUGUCUUGUGCUUUUUAACUUAUUCUAUUAUUAGUAUCAUGAAAGUGUAAUCAAUUUGAAACAAAUAAGGUAUCUUCCCUCCAGUUUCACAUCCUAUUUUCUGGAGAGAAGUUGUUGGUGAUAAGACAGGUCCUGGAUGCAAUGUUUAUAUGUGCUUUUUAGGCAGUUUUUCCCAUGAUGCACUGCAUGGACCCACCUGGUAAUAUACUUUUUCCAAGGUAGGUGACCCAGACAGUUGAGCCAAGACCUAAAAUGGCAGCUCAUGGAAAAUUUCAAGGCACAAAAAAUUGGCCUACGUCACAGCUUGGUUCCCUGAUGUAUGGCGUACAUCAGACAAUGUUCAAGGGUUACCCACUGAAAAAGCUCUGGACUUUUUUUUCUAAAUCCACAGAAUAAUGAUGAACAUAAAAACAAAGAAUUUUAAUGAACACAAAAUUGUGAAUCUACUAUUAACCUAGUUAAAUCUUGUUUUCUAUAUUUCUGAGGUGCUACUGGCAGUGAUCAGUGAGGGGAAUAGUGAUAUGGUAAGGACAACUAGGAAGCAAGCUCUGUUUUCACUGCCCAAAUCUUUAGCAAAAUUUCAUCUUGGCAAUAAAAAAAUUUUGAAGGGAAAUUCUAACAUCGGAAUGCAUUUCACAGCAUAUUAAUAUAAACUCUAUUUACAUGGAUUUUAGAAAUAUUGGAUUUAUAUUAAUAAUUUGUAUGUUAUGUUUGGCAGUGGUAUAUCAUUUUACCCUACAAGAACACAGGUGACACUGCAAAUCCAAUGUUGUGUACUCUAGCGACAGAUUUUGAAGUGGGGAAACUCUCCUAUCUAACAAGUUUUGGGGUUUAAACUCACCCAUACAUUACAAAUAUGCAGAAAGUUAGAGAAGAAAAUUUGUUUGCAUUGCAUAUUCUGACAUUUCACAGCUGGUUGAAGAAUUUUCUAACAUCUUUGAAAUUUUAGCCACAAUAUGUAUAUCAAUAACAGAUUCACAAAUA